AUGGCGUCAAGCGGAGGGCAAGUUGGCGGCGUAUUCGACCACCACGUCCAAAGGGCUGUGUGCGACUCGAGAGCCAAGUAUCGGGAGGGCCGACGGCCUCGCGCUGUGAAGGUAUACACAAUCAACUUGGAGUCUUGGUACUUAUUAAUACAAGGAGUUCCUGCAGUGGGAGCAAUGAAGGAAUUAGUUGAGCGAUUUGCUCUAUAUGGUGCAAUUGAACAGUACAAUGCUCUAGACGAAUACCCAGCAGAAGACUUUACAGAGGUUUAUCUUAUUAAAUUUCUCAAUUUACAGAGCGCAAGGAUAGCCAAGAAAAAAAUGGAUGAACAGAGUUUCUUUGGCGGGUUGCUUCAUGUGUGCUAUGCUCCAGAAUUUGAAACAGUUGAAGAAACCAGAAAAAAAUUACAAGAGAGGAAUGCUUAUGUAGCAAGAAUGACUAAAAAUAAAGAUCAUUACGUGACAAAGAAGCAUAAAGAUGCAAAAGAUUUUAGAGGGGACUUCCAUUCAAAGACAUCUAGAUUUCCUGCAGCCUCUCUGAAGACUUCUACUGGGAACUCAGAUCUUUGUCUUCCUUAUUCUUCUGAGUUGCCUUUGUGUUAUUUCUCCCCCAAGUGUACAUGUUCAUCAGGAGAACAUGUAGACAGACCAUCAGACUCCUCUCAGGAUGGUAGAAACUCUGAUGAAACCCUGGGGCAUUGUGACCACUGUGACUCUCUGCAGAAGAUGCAAAUGAAAACUUCACAAAAUUCCUUGGCCCGCCGUGGUGUACAGAAGGCUCUUACUCCUUCAGAGGCAGUUGACCGGUUUAUGCCUAGGACAACACAACUGCAGGAGCGGAAGAGAAGAAGAGAAGAUGACUGUAAACGUGAAACUCUUCUUGAAGCGUGCACAAGUGGUAACGAGGUUAUGAUCGGCCCUCAGUUACCAGUCAUUCCUAAAGUGGACAUGCAUGAUGACUCCUUGAAUACAACAGCAAAUUUAAUUAGGAAUAAACUUAAAGAGGUAAUUUCAUCUGUGCCAAAGCCUCCAGAGGACAAAAUGGAAGAUGUGCCUAGAAGUCGUCCUUUAAAACAAAGAAGGAGGAUAUAA